CCUUCUCUAGUAGUGAAAUUCAGGGGACAGCAAACAGCCCGCCUAAGCCACACUUUCCUACUUGAGUCACCCAGGCCUGCCAGGCUCGCCUCUCCCAUGAUUUCCUCGGUGCUAGCAUCCAACCAAGCGAUAAAAAUAUUCAAAAAUUGCGCUUGAGCUACUAUAGCCAGCUAGUUACAUUACCUAGCCCGCCUUUGCCGGAACGGAGCUUCUCGUGACGGCCAUUUCCGAAGUCUCCAACGUGUAGCAAGCAUGAACCUCUCACAACAUCCCCCUCGAUGCAAUGCAUAUCUGGAGAGAGAGAGAAAGAAAGAAAGGGAUGCCAUUGAUCGCACAUUGCCCAAACCUCUCGUCUGACCCGACGCGCAGCCGGACUCUCCUGCGCAUAAAAAACAAGACAGACAGACGUCUCUUGCAAGCCUCAUCGUACCAGAGUCAGCUCACCUCGUCACAUUUUUCGCACGAGGGGCAAAAAGGGGCCUAGAAGCAAGCGGCUUCGACGCCCGGCGCUUCUGCCUCUGAAUGCCAAUGGUUUGCAUGAUGGAUUCGGGUACGGAGGAGCACUGUACGGGUACGGGUACUUCCCGAUGCAUAGGAUUACCCGAGCGCACCCAUGUACCGAGGUACCUACGUAAUCAUGCAUUCCAUUCUCUCCCCGGUUCCAAUCACCGCACAAUCCUCCUUUCCAUCUUCCGCCCACUCCCCACAGAGGAGAACCCGAGCCCGGCUAGCAAAUCACAGGCAAGCCGAUCCCUCGGUAGCCAAAAGUCUGCUGUGCCCCGGAUUUUGCCAUUAGCGCAUAUGCCUUUUUUUGCAUUCCUCCUUGCAUCUGCUGUUGUUACUGGUGGUGCUGCUGCUGCUGCUUCUGUCGCUGCCCGUCAAUGGCCGUCCUUGCCCGGUUUCCCUCAACAAGCUUCCCAACCCUUUUUAAAGGACUGAAGCGAAACCACCCGAACUCCUAACCCUUCCCCUCCUCUCCUUCCCCAGUUGCAUGCUUGUUCGCCUCACAUCUACUCCUGUCGGACCAAACUCACUACACAGUAUUACCUAACCCUUGUUCAUUCUGUCGUCGCUUAUCAGUUUGCUGCUCCCCCCGGUCUUCUCAGGCCGACCAGACGACAAGCUCGACAAGAAGCCGAAUCAGCAACAACCAUGGAAGAGGCUUACAAGCAGUAUGCGAACCAAGCGCGUCGAAAGAACCGCUCCAGCGCGAACCUCAACCACCUCUCCCUCGCCCCCUUCACCUCGAGGCUGCCCCUUCAGGACGACGAUGCCCUCCCCGACCACCUAACCUCGCCGCACCACAGCACGUCCUACCUGCAGGGCAAGUCCGCCCCCACAACGCCGGGCCUGCUAUCCCGCUCACCCGCCCGCCGCUCCUCCGUGCCGCACGCCGACCUCCCUAAGAGCAAGUCGGCCACGCACCUGACGCCCACCGCCAGCGACCGAAAACCACACAGCCGCAAGUCCGUCUCCGGCACCACCUCGCCGACCGUACGUCGCCGCAAGGACAAGGAUGACUUCUCCGUCGGGGAUCGAAACGACAGCGAUUGGCUUCUGAGGACCGGUGCCCUCAUCAGCAACGAGAACCGCGAGUUCAAGGGCCAGGCCUGGCUGGUGUCGAGGCAGAGCUCCACGAGCUUGACGGGCAUGCGGGACGCGGAUGAGGAGGCGUUUGAGAGGGAACUGGCCCGGGAGCGGGAGCUCGCCAGCCGCCGGAGCAGCCGGCGCGGCAGUCUCGCUGACCUGGAGGGGUCGUACACCCAUUCCGCCAGGCCUAGUCGUCCUGGGAGCCGGUCAGCUAGCAGAGUCGGCACCCGAAGCCAGAUGUUGACGCCCAUGGAGCGCCACUCGCUGGACGAGGGAUACUUCCCUCGCCACGAAGGCGACGACUACGUCGCCGGCCCCGACUUUGUCAACCUUGACGAGCAGUUCGAGUCCUUUGAGUUCGACACGACCCAGGACGACGAGGCUGCCGUCAGAAGGCUCGUCAAGGGCGAAAGAGCCGGGAGCGCCUCAUGGGUCGGCAACAUCCUGGGAUGGCCGUUGUUCGCCGUCGAGGAGAACGAGGAAGAGUCGGACGACGAAGAUGUCGAAGGUGACUUUGAAGUUGAAGGGGAAGAGGGGUCGCAGGAGCUCCACCGGUCGUGGUCAGCCCGCCAUUUUGAGGGUGUUAUCGACACCCCGGGAGAACGGAUCCCGCCCCCAAAGGCCAAUGAGGGUGGCUGGCAGGACGCGGCAUGGCUGCUCAGUGUGGCUACUAAAGUUCUGUUGUGAAAUGGACCGGGUGGGAGGGAGUAUCCGUAAGGGAGAUAAGUGUGACGAGAAUUUUUUAUCCCCAUGAAAAGAUUGAUCGCACCAUACACCCCGCCAAGGGCGAAUCGGCCGCCGGGCCCCUCGAGAACGGUGAUGUGGGUAUCGUCGCAGCCCUAGCAGGACUGAAGCUUCACCGUUAGACUAAUUGAGAACCCCCCGGCAGCCGAAAAUCUGCAGGGUAUGUCUGUUUGCUCAAUGGCCCCACGUUCGC